GAGGCUCUGUGGGUCAGUAGGUGUGGUAGUUUCACUCGCUGCUGGCGAACACCCACGUGCACCCCCACCAUAUAUGUGGGGAGCUUGGGAUUGGGGCCUCAGUGUCCCUGUGUCCUCCCAGGAUGCCGGUGGGUGAAGGACAGACCCAGGCGGUCAGCAGCGGGUCUGGGCUCUCUUCUGUGGCCGCUCACCCUCCUUGGGGUCUCCAGCCAAAUGGCUGUGCUUCUGCAGCUCCAGGGUGCCAAGAGGCAGUGUGAACGAGCACUUGGGGAGCCCCAGCUUCGCUGGGAGACCACCCUCCGGCCAAGCCCAUGCACCCAGCGGUCUGAACACCAAGAUCUCUGGUCCCCAUCAGAGCCGGGUGCCGGAGUCCUCCAGGGCGCCUGCCCCCCUGCCCCCAUCCCAGAGCUGUUGAUAGUCUGCGCUGUCGCUCCCUGGUCUGGUUCCCACUCCCCCCUGCAGAGGGGAAAACCUCAUCAAGGACAGUCGUUGGACCAAUUGGGCACGGGCGGCACUCUGUAUCACGGGUAGGAAGAUAGGCGGUCAGGCUGGAACAGAAGAGGCUUUGAGAGGCUCCUUUGCCUGCCCAGGCCCAUGGUGGGGCACCAGACACUGGCCCCCAAGGUCACACCCCAGAAGGAGAUAGGGGCUUUGCUCCUGCACAAACAUCCCGGUCUCCUCCAUAUAAGCCAGAGCAACACAGCCCCUCGCAGCAGCUAGGAUGCCUGGUCUGCUCUCUCCGCCGGCCCUCGUGCUGUCGGUGAUGGGGGCUCUGCUGAUGGCCGGGGACCCUGGGGAAGAGGUCUCCGGCACCCCGGCCCUGCCCGGAGGGCCAGCCACAGGCACCGGGGGUCUCAUCUUCCACCCGGAUUGGGACUGGCAGCCCCCGGGCGGUCCCCAAGACCCCCUGUGCCUGGUGACGCUGGACAGGGGUGGUAACGGGAGCGGCUCCCCGCUUCGGGUGGUGGGGGCGCCGAGAGGCUACGAGCACGCCUUCCUCGAGGCUGUGCGGCGGGCCCGCUGGGGUCCCCACGGCCUGGCCACCUUCGGAGUUUGCACCCCCAGGGACAGGCAGGCCGCCCUGUUCUCUCUGCGGCAGCUGCAGGCGUGGCUGGGGGAGCCCGGGGGGCGGCGGCUGGUGGUGCUGCACCUGGAGGAAGUGACAUGGGGGCCGACACCCUCACUGAAGUUCCAGGAGCCCCCGCCUGGAGGGGCCGGUCCCCUAGAGCUGGCGAUGCUGGUGCUGUACCCUGGCCCUGGCCCCGAGGUCACGGUCACAGGGGCUGGGCUGCCAGGCACCCAGAACCUCUGUCAGUCCCGGGACACCCGCUACCUGGUGCUGGCGGUGGACCACCCAGAAGGGGCCUGGCGCAGCCCCGGGCUCACCCUGACCCUGCAACCCCGCAGAGACGGUGCGCCCCUGAGCACCGCCCAGCUGCAGGAGCUGCUGUUCGGCCCCGACCCCCGCUGCUUCACACGCAUGACCCCGGCGCUGCUCCUGCUGCCGGGGCCCGCGCCUGCACCGCUGCCCGCGCGUGGCCUGCUGGACCAAGUGCCUCUCCCGCCGCCCAGGCCCUCCCAGGAGCAGGCGCCUGAGGAGCCACGGUCCAGCGCCGACCCCUUCCUGGAGACGCUCACGCGCCUGGUGCGCGCGCUGCGGGGGCCCCCGGCCCAGGCCUCGCCGCCGCGCCUGGCCCUGGACCCCGGCGCGCUGGCCGGCUUCCCGCAGGGCCUGGUCAACCUGUCGGACCCUGCGGCGCAGGAGCGCCUGCUCAACGGCGGCGACGAGCCGCUGCUGCUGCUUCUGCUGCCACCCGCCACGCCCAUCGCCGCCGCCGCCGCCGGGGACCCCGCGCCUCCACGCGGCCCGGCGUCCGCGCCCUGGGCCGCCGGCCUAGCGCGUCGCGUGGCCGCCGAGCUGCAGGCCGCGGCCAGCUGCCAUCUCCGCCAUUCAGGCCCAGGCAGGUUCCGGCGUCGAGGCUCAAAGGAGCAGGCGGCCCCGGGGGCUGCAGCACUCAAUUUAUUUCACUGA